AUGGCACCAUCAACCACACCUAAACUACCACCCUACAGAAUAGUGGGAAGCUUCGUCGGCAGCGACUUCACCAAGAUAACCAUCCAUUGCAACUGCAAAAUCUUCAUCAUCACCCUCGACCUGGAAGAUGAAGCCGUCCGUGGCACGCGUCUGGAAACAGAGUACAGGCGACGCGUCUCCAAAUUUGUCAUGGAUGACGAGCUGAUCAGACGGCCCAGCAAAAGAAGUUUUCUCAAGAAUAGGGAAAACUACAAUAAGUUCUGUGAAUGGAUCGUUCAGGCUUGCAUCCCUUUGAUUCAAGAGUUGGCACCGUCGCCAUGUGAAAAGGGAGAAGAGUCAAUUAUUACGCUCGAACAGUUCGCCUUUCCGGACCUCCAUCUCAUCAAACUCGGUCCUCGCGAUGGCAAUGACAAACUGCUUUCCGCAUCGCUCGUUACCGACGAUAUGCCAGAGGUUCCCGAGGAAGACAGAACGGUGAAGCUUGUAUCUGCAGCGGAGAUCUCGAUCCCAUCUACGCCAGUCCCACGAGAAGAGAUCCUAGACGGUCGCUACGUUGUCAACUACCAUAACACAUGCCAUAUUCCCCGACUCGUCCGAACACUGGACGGCGAGAACAAAUUCUUCAAGCCAAUCAAUAGUAAUGAUGACCCUUCUGCCGCGUCGUUCAUACGGGAAAUCACCGUCCUGCACCGCAUCGCCGAAUUAGGCUUGCACGCUGACCUUCGAGUGCCCAAACUCUACGGCAUUGUCGUAUCCAGCGAUGGAAAAAGGGUGAUUGGCAUGUUACAAGACUGGCUCCCAUUCGGGCUUCGAAGCCUCGAGAAUGAUGAGAUCCGCGGCAUGAAACACAUGCAUGCAAAGUGGGAAGGACAAGUCAAGGACAUGAUCAACGUCCUGCACUCGAACGACAUGGUCUGGAAUCAUGUUCUGCCGGAACACAUUCUCGUCGACCACGAGCUCAACGCGUGGCUCAUUGGGUUCAGUGGACCGUCCUGGACGCUGUACAGUUCGGCGUCGCUCGUUAUGUACCCGGACGAAUGGCGCAGGCUCCUCAAGUCCGGGAACAAGGAAUGGGAUUUGUAUGGUGUCAAGAAGAUCUUCGAAGAGUGGAUUCGGGGAAAACCAAAAAGGUCUGCCAGACCAGGCCAGAAAAGGGCUCGUGAAGGCCGGGGUGAUUCAGAUAGUGAGGACGAGCUGAGGAUUAUCCGGAGGAGAUGA